AUGGCCCAACCCGCUCCUCGGUACAACAACGUCGCCCAACACCUGCAGAAACUGCCUCCUGAGACCAGCACCCUUUCGCACAAGGAGCUCGGAAAGGUAUUCUUGCAGGAAACACUCGCAGAGGCCAAAACAUAUUUUAUCGUCUACCUGCGGCUCUGUAGUCUGGACUACAGGUCGCCUCAUCCAGAAUUGACCAAGCUUAACUUCGACGCCGUCCGACUGCGUGCUGACCACCCGAACAACCGAGCCGACUACAAUUCGCGGCGCUGUCUUGGAGAAGCUGAAGCGUUAUGGACCAUACCCUCCAGCAAGUUUUUGAAAUUAUUGAUGCAGCAGAAGCGAAGAUAA